AUGCCGACCUCGUCCUACCUGACCGGCCCAAUCUAGCAGAGCGCUUGGCUUCGGAUGCGAUGGCCCAAGCUGGAGAGGAGAUGAAAGACCUUCCUGGACCCUCUAGCGAGGCUCUUGACAGGCAUGGAUUCGGAUGGAAGUGGCAGGCAGUCGAAUCCGCAUACACCCAAGGAAGGCGUCGACAAGGCUCUCAUCGAAUUGAUACAAACAGUGCAGCACGAGUUGAGGACUCCACUCCAUGGCAUGCUUGCGCUGAUCGAAUCCAUACGAGCAGAUGUUGAGGCGUCUGCCAGUCCGGUCCCGGAUACAAGCAGCGCAAGCUUGCUAGGCCCAAAAUUCGACUCGGUCACAACCCUGCAUAGACGAGUGGUGGGCAUCCUGGACGAUUUUGCAGACUUCGCUACCGAGACAAUGGCAGCGCGCACGUCCGAGAUUCUUUGCUUAGCACAGGCGGACGAGCCGGUAGACCUGGGUCAGCUGUUGGAUGAUGUGGCUACGGAUAUGUGGAAUGCGCAGGUGAACGAGAUCAGGACAGAACAAGGUGUGGAUGCUAGGUUGCCUCCUCCACCGGAGCUGAUUCUGCAGAUUGAUACUAAUCUGCGCGGGUGGAAGUCGCUAGUGUCGCCUUCAGCGCUCAAGCGUGUGUGCGCAAAGCUCAUCUCUAAUGGCCUCCGAUUCACUCGACGCGAUGGUUUUGUCGAAGUCAGUCUGUCAUCAUACCCUGCGGAAGGACCGGACGGGCAAAAGUUUAUUCAGAUAUCGGUAGAGGAUAAUGGUGAUGGUAUGACGGAAGAAUCUCUGUUCCAACCCUUCGCCAAGGCUGAUGUAUUUAAGAGCGGAGCGGGGCUCAGCAUGGCUUUAUGCUCCUCAAUCGUCAGACGUCUGGGUGGCAGUAUGCAGGUAUCUAGUGAUAAGGGCAGAGGCACAGUGAUUGCGGUCAUUAUCCCUGUCGAGGAUCUUCCCUUGCCGAUGGCCAAUCGAGGGCUUUCCUCGAGUCCUUCACAGCUCGUCUACCUCCAUGGCUUCGAAGGAGUGGGAUUGACGAGGCUUGCGGGUGCGAUAUCGGGUCAACUUGCAACAUUUGGUAAUCUGUACACUUCAACGCAGCUGGAAGAGUGCGACUAUUUGCUCUUGCCUGAGGAGGUCUGCUACGACACGGAAGGAGGCAUCGAUGCGAUUCUUUCCCACGCAAAGCCCGGAGUCAGAAUCGGAGUGCUGCAAGCGCACGAAUCGGCGGGAAUCGAGUUUGCGUGUCUCAAAAAGUCGGGCAUCCUGCCCACAUUUGUGACCCGGAAACCUUUCGGACCUUCCAGCUUUUCAAGACUGCUUGACCUUGUGGAAAGCAAGCCGAAUUUGGAAUUAGCCAGAGCAGUGAGAUCAAUCUCGCAGGAUCAUAUUAGGGCCCACGGCGAAGGUCGGUUGUCCAAUGAGGAUUUGGGCCGGAGACAGGCUGCUCUCGAACGCAGCAUCUCCGAGAUAGCGGCUCCUACUGCCACGACGUUGGUGUCAGACCAAGGCGAAUCGAGCAGGCCUGCGAUCAAUACCAGUUCAACAAUCUCCCGCACCAAGGAUCUGAUUUUCUCGCCCGAGACGGUGGACGAAGUGCUCAGGGCGCCGGUGCCUGUUCCCGCUAUGCUUGCGCCUCGAGCAGCGCCGGGUGACAGCAAGUCGAUUGCAUCCACCUCACCCAACGACACGGGCGUAGCCAGGUCAGAUAGGGGAUCCAUUCUUUCGACAUCCACCGCGCAGCCUUUCAUGUGUCUGGUCGCGGAAGACAAUCCGCUCAAUCUGCGCAUCUUGACACAGAUGCUCCGCCAAGCCCAUAUUCGAUUCUGCACCGCUGCAGAUGGGAUGGAAGCUGUCGAGCAAUUCCGAGAGCAUGCGCCCGCGGUCACUUUGCUGGAUAUCAACAUGCCCCGCAUGGACGGCUGGGAAGCGGCAAAGAAAAUGAGGGAUAUGGAAGCGAACGAUCCAGACCUCAGGCUGCACAAGAGGAGAAUUGUGGCAGUGACUGCGCUCGGCGACGAGUACUCAAAGCAACGCGGAUUGGAGGAAUGCGGAAUGGACGCCUGGUACACGAAGCCCCUCAAGAUGAAAGAGCUGAAAGCGGAUCUGCAAUUGUGGAUGCAACAAUGGAAAGCCGGAAGUCCUGGAGAGAUCGUGUCCGCGCCUCCCUACGCCGAGAACGUGGAAUCUGCGCCGGAGGGGAGAUGACAGUAUAGUGCUGUGUCGGCAGUGCAAAUAGAUGCGGUCACAGCCAUGCUUGGCCCCAAACGUCGAGAGGCC